AGAUAUCAGCCAAAGAAACCGAGAAGUCUUGGGUGGCACCUGCCAGCGCCGACUGUCGCUCCUUGUGCAUGGAUAGACUUCUGAACUUACGGUCUUCUUCUCUGAAAUUUCCUCUCAUCUUCUUAGUAUUCUCCCUCUCUCAUUUGUAUUUAGUUAUCAGUUUAGCCAAGGAUAAAGGGAAGAAAGAAAAAAACAGAAAAAAGGCAAAGUUUCUGCAUUUGGUGGUGAAAGCAGAGUUCUCAAACCCCAAGUGUACACUUUCUGGCUUGUUAUUGCUAAAGGAGUGCCAAGCCUAUAAAUUGGGAAGUUUUUGUUAUUUUAGAGGGACAUAGAAAUGUCUAGAGAGAUUAUUGCCCUGGGCCCUCGCGUGUCGCCGGAAAUUCCGCCUACUCUACCCCCAAUGAUAUCUACAGAUUACUUUCCUCCACCUUCUCCUUCUCGGGUCAUCUGGGCAUAUCUUGCAGGCAUAGCAGUCGGUUUGGUAGUACUUGUAAUCAUCGUUAAGAUCUUUGUGACUUGUGUAAAGACGACAACAAGAGCAAUUGUUUCAUAUCUACAAGCAAGUGUUGCUAUCUCUUCGACUUGUGCAAAGAUGAUAACAAGAGCAAUUGUUUCAUAUCUACCAGCAAGUGUUGCUCUCUCUUUGACUUGUGCAAAGAUGAUAACAAGAACAAUUGUUUCAUAUCUACAAGCAAGUGUUGCUAUCUCUUUGACUUGUGCAAAGAUGACAACAAGAGCAAUUGUUUCAUAUCUACAAGCAAGAGUUGCCCCUCCACCACCACCGACGUUGAAUGAGGUUCGAGUUUGGGACAUCGAUGUGCCAACAAUGGAGAGGUUCCUUGAAGAAUUGGCGAAGGAGAAACCGGUUAGAUAUACAGCCGAACAGCUAUGUAGUUUCACAAGUAAUUACGCUACAAAGUUGGGUUCUGGAGGUUUUGGGACAGUUUACAAGGGUAAAUUUCCAAAUGGAGUUAAGAUCGCGGUCAAGGUCAUCAAUAGGAGCUCGGAUAGAGCAGCUGAGCAACAGUUCAUGGCAGAGGUGAGUACUAUUGGAAGAACAUAUCAUAUAAACCUAGUCCGACUAUACGGUUUUUGCUACGAUCACAUAAUGAGCGCAUUGGUGUACGAGUACAUGGAAAAUGGAUCACUAGAUAAAUACCUUUUCAGCGAUACGCAAGUGAUUGAAUGGGAGAAGUUGCAUGAAAUCGCAAUUGGGACAGCAAAAGGUAUCGCUUACUUGCACGAAGAGUGUCAACAGAGGAUCAUUCACUACGACAUAAAGCCCGGUAAUGUUCUAUUAGAUGCCAAUUUUUCCCCCAAAGUUGCUGAUUUCGGGCUGGCAAAGCUUUGCAGUAGAAACAACACACAUGUGUCUUCUGCAGGAUAUAGAGGGACUCCUGGUUACUUAGCCCCAGAGUUAUUUCUUCUCAAGAACUAUCCCAGUACACACAAAUGUGAUGUUUACAGUUUUGGUAUGCUUUUGUUUGAGAUAGUAGGGAGGAAGAGGAAUACCAUCAUAGCUGGGACUGAUAGCAUUGAUUUUUUUCCAGAACAUGUAUGGGAUGAGUUUGAGAAAGGCGAGUUGGGAGCAAUGACAUUGUCAUGUGGAAUCGAAGAGAAUAACAGAGAAAAAGCAGAGAAAAUGGCAAUGGUGGCUUUGUGGUGUGUUCAAGACUCUCCCAAAGAAAGGCCGCUGAUGAGUGUUGUAGUGAAAAUGUUGGAGGGAGAAGUGGAGGUGAAGGCACCUCCUAAACCAUUCCGUUAUAUGUAUGCAAGCAGUGAAGGAAGUAAUACACAUUGAUACGAGGACACCACUCCCAUCAUGGCUAGGUACGAGGUACAAAUGUCCAGUUCGAGCUAAAGAAUGAGAAUCCUUUGUAAGUCUUUAAUAAUGAUUUAUAAGACGCAAUAUUAAUGUAUCUAAUUUG